CUUUAGCCCCCCAAGCGUCUCGAAUUUAUUUUUUCUUCCCCUUCUUUAACCGAGCGUCGUUCUAUCCCUUCCAUUGUAUUUUCUAAAUCUGAGACUGUCGAGAUUGUUUUAGGAACAAUCGUAUACAAAUCCUCUCUCCUUCAAGCUCUCCCCGGAUUCAUCUCAGUAGCUCAUAUCUCUCCCGUCGCUCUCCUUGCGUACCCACACACACACACACAAACUAAAAUGUCGAGCCAACCUCUUCUCCAGACUGCCCCAGGCAAGCGUAUCGCCCUUCCGACCCGUGUCGAACCCAAGGUCUUCUUCGCCAACGAGCGAACCUUCCUCUCCUGGCUCAACUUCACUGUCAUCCUAGGCGGUCUGGCCGUCGGUCUCCUGAACUUCGGCGACCGCGUCGGCCGCAUCUCCGCCGGCCUCUUCACCAUCAUCGCCAUGGCGGCCAUGAUCUACGCCCUUUGUACCUUCCACUGGCGCGCGGCCAGCAUCCGGAAGCGCGGCCAGAGUGGCAUCGACGACCGAUUCGGUCCGACCAUUCUGGCGAUCUCCUUACUGGCUGCCAUCAUUGUUAACUUUAUCCUCCGGUUCACGGAGUAGAAUCCUGCAUUUGUGGGGUUUGGUUCUUCCUGUUUUUUUGGACUUCGCUUUCCUCCCCCCCAACCUUGAUUGGGGCACGUGCCUGUGCUUGUUUUUCUACGAUGCUGCGCUACGCCGAUUUCUAUGCGUUAUGGGUACCACCGACUACCGACUUAUGGACUCUAUAUUUUUGCGGAUUGGAUGAAUGGGUGCGAGGGUGCAAAAGUAGUGGAUAGAUUAUUGUCUCGUCUGAUGAGCGAUCACAAGGCGGCCUUUCAUUUUCCAUCUUUGGUUUAGUUAUUUUUGUGUGUGCGUGUAAAUUGUGUAUGCUGUACAUUCCUUGCUUCCUGUGUUAUAGCGAUCAAAAUUGGGCUACAGCUACUUGUUUAGUGAGCGUCAAAUUGCAAGAUUGGUUUUGGUGGGAAUCUUAUGAACAUUAUUAUUUAGGUAUACAGGUCUUAUGGACAAAUGACUUUGAAUUCACUCAGCCCUCAGGACAAGUG